GUUUUCAUGGAGGAACUUGACAACUGACUGUCAUAAUAGUUAGCAUGCAUGUAGAGCUUUAAUGACUAUGUAAUAACCAUAAGAUACUACUUGGACGAAAUAGAAAAUAGAAGUGUUAUAGGGAAGAUAUCAAAAUGAAUUCAGAUUAUCAAAUUUGUCUAAUACGAAGUGAAGAGGAAGCCCGUGCCAUUGAGACAGCACUAAGAACAGCUGUUCUUAGCGUGGUAGAAGUGAUAAAUGACAUUAGCAGAAGCCGAUUUCAGGACUGUCAAAGAAAAGUUACGGAAAAGGAAAAAGAGAAUGCACAACUCAAAGUGGAGCUCUAUAAAGCAGAAGAAGAACUCGCGUUUCUACGCCAGCUUGUGGGGUCUCAGCAAAAACAACAAAGUGAAGAAGGAAGUGUGAGAUGCAAUGCAAGUAUUGACGCACAUGUGCCAGACAGUAGAUGGAGUGUGGAAAUUGAAGAUGGAGUCGUGAAUGAAGCCUCGUCAACACCCCAAAGCAGUGAAGAACAGUCCAAAAAUAGUAGAGAGCCAUUAAGUGCAGCUGAAAAGCAAAGGCGCUAUCGAGCCCGUCGAGAUGCAAAUCCCGAGAGAAGGGCAAAUUACCUCGAAUGGGAGAGGAGGAAAUGGAAGAGAGACAGGGAGCUGGGGAAGAAGAAACUCGUGCAUGAGUGCAGCGUGAGCGAGCAGAGGACAAUUAGAGGGAGAUGGAAAUUAGCCAAAGCAAAGAGCAGGGCAAAAGAUGCGACUGGCAUCCUCUCACCACUGUCAGUGAGCCCAGAAUAUCAUCAGCUACAUCCACACGAAGCAGAUGAUAGUAUUGACAACCAGUUUGAAUUUCGGACUGGGGAGGCAACUGCACUACCGCAAGACUCUGCUGCAGGUGCUUCGGAACGUCAUGGACACAAUGGACCAGUGUUCACGCCAUCAGGGUUCUCAGAAAACCACACAGACAUGAUGAAUUCCCUUGUGGUCAAAGAGGAGCCUCCUAAUACAGACACGGUUUACAUCAAGUUUGAGGUGAAGGAGGAGAACGCGUGCACGGACCAAGAGGGCAGUUCUCCCUCAUGUGUUCUGGAGAGAGAGACCCAAGAAAAAUCCCGCUUCACUCAUUUCAGAGACGGUGCGCUUGGAACCAGAAGUAGACUUAGUUACCGCGGUGCUCGACUGACAGAAGACAGAAGACUGUCCUCAGUCUCAAGGGUUAAAAAGAGGAUUGAUGACCGUGAGAGGCAACGGCGUUAUAGGGAGAGGAUCCAUUCUGACCCAGAGAAGCUCCAAGCCUACUUGGAGAAAGACAGACGCAGAUACCUGAAGAAGAGGAAGUCGAUCUGUGAGCUUCCCGAACAGAUCCAGAGGCAGAAGAGAGCCAUGUGGAGAGAGGCCGCCCGGAGAUGCAGGGCCAGGAAAAGAAACACCCCCCUCGCCCAGUGGACAGAGCCUCUCUGACCGGUGUGGACACUGGCAGUCAGACAGGGGGUGACACAUUACAUAAAAACUAAAUACUCAAAGACUCUCUGGGUUAUUAGGUGCAUUGAGCCAUGACUGCACAGCACUCUCUAGAUAGUAUUGAAUACACAGUUAACAACAUUUCCUCUAUUUCUCAAUUGAAAGUCCCUAGAUCUUGUUGAUGACAUGUUGAUUGCUUGUUUGUGGUGCUACUUUUUUAAUUGUUCAAAUUGCGCUACUGUAGGGCUAAUUAUUUCAGUGAAUUAUUGACUGGUGUCGAGCAGUUGUGUUUCCUAGGUACACAGUGAACUGUAUGAAUAUAGCAGUCUACUCACUUGUGAGUUAUGUGAAGGCAGGGUACAAACAAGAAGAGUUCUUCAGUUUGUGACAGUUGAAAGCCCACUAAUCUUGUUUGUUGUAAAAUAUGUUUGUACUAUAAUGUGAAUGUUUGAUUUCAUGGUUCCAAUAAUACAAUUCUUUAGAGAGGGCUGUCAGUAGAACAGUUUGUUUAAAUGAUUGUGCACUGAAAAGGUAAAGACCAUUUAUUUACCAUUGUAGGGUGGAUGGAUCUACUGUAUAGACAUUUUCUCUCCUUUCAUUAUGCCAUGUUGCAUGGAUGUAAUUUUUUAAGAUGCCAAACAGUUGUGUCUGAUGCAUUAAGGUUGCCUUUUUAACACAUAUCCCCACUAUGUACACAAUGAAUGAUCUGCCUAAUGGACAAACUGAAAAGGAAACACAUUCAGUUGUAUGCUAAUUUUUUAAUGACAUUUCAUCAUUUUAUGAAAAUGAUUCAAUUGUUAACAUGAGAUGGCUGGGUACAGUGGAGAUGGAGGCUGGAAACAGUAGACUCAGAUGAACGCCUUUCGGGAACAGCCCUGGUUCAAAACAAUAAUUAACAUUUAAUGGAUGUCCUACCUCAGUCUUAAGUAUUUUGCAAAGCUGUUCAGUGUACAAGCAAAUUACAGUAACUUCUUACCUUUUACUGAAAUGAAAAGUGCUUCCCACAACAGGCCCUGUCCGUGGUACUUGUAGGACUCAGGCAUACUGGCUGGGUGUGCAGCCAACAGUCAGGCUGAGAAAGUAACAUUCAACCAGCCCUGCUGAACCUGGUCAUCAAUGGGGGGUGUUCUCUGGAGCAGGCCUUUGAGAAGAAAACAAUUUGUAAUUCUUAUGCUUGUGUCUGACCUUUCAUGCCAAUUUGUGAGUACACUUAUACAAGUGUUCUUUUGUAUAAAUUGCCAUCGGAACCCACCAGAUAUGAGAUGGUAGACGCUGCCUGCUCCGUCUACAGGGGGACUGCUUCAUGGUGGAUUAUGAACCCAGCAGGGUUAGGAGAGCUCAGUGAGACACCUCACAAUCUCAAUCGACCAACCCUUCUGAGACUAGAUGCCCCUGCACACUUGCGGACCUAAUAGACCCCAAUGUCAGUUCCUGUGGAGAUGAUAUUCAUCAGUCAAUCAUAUUGUGGAAAAAGAUAUUAGAUUACACGUUUAUAUACACAGCUGGUCAAAAUAAAAUAACAAAGGUUUU